AUGUAUCUCUUGCUGCUUCAGCUGUUGGUGAUCUUAGGUCUAGGAGAGUCCAGGCAACAAAUGCAGCAAGGCAGGGACAAGAGAACCCAGCAUCUCUCUUAUGCCCAGGGUGAUCAGGGACUUGGAGCACUAUCAGCAGGUGCUGAUGAGGAUGCCCAGGAAAAGCCAGACUUGUUUGUAGCCAUACCUCACCAGAUAGUUCCUGAGCUAGCAGAAGCUCCCAGAGAGCAAAGAGAGAUGCUAUUCAGGUUUAUGUAUACCUCUGAGAAACAGAAGCCAGAAAGGCAUCUGGAAGUAAGGGAUCCUGCUAGAGAGGCCUUCAAACCUAGAACCCCAGCAGAUGCUGAGCCUGAUGGCAAGGAAAACGAGAAAACUCCUCUCCAGGAAGAAGCACAAAAAUUCUGGCACUACUUCUUGUUUAGAAAGAGCUCAGCUUCACAGGAAGUCAUCUUACCCAUCAAAAGCAAUGAAGUAUACCAGGAGACUUGUAGGACAGUGCCUUUCUCCCAGACAAUAAUACAUGAUGACUGUGAAAAAGUAGUGGUUCAGAACAACCUAUGCUUCGGGAAAUGUAGAUCCCUUCGUCCUUCGGAGACUACAGCUCAUCAUCAUGCCUUCUGCUCGCACUGUUCGCCUACCAAGUUCACAACAAAAGAAUUACUGUUGAAUUGUACUGGACCCAACCCUGUAGUCAAGGUGGUAAUGAUUGUGGAGGAAUGCCAGUGUAAGAUCAAGCAAGGUCAAGACAGAGAACAUCUCCAUUCUGACACUUUCACAGAGACACACAGACAGAAUUAA